AGAGGGCCAACCAGAGCGUCCUAAUUUUGCGGUCUCGCAUUUUACAUGCCUCUCCAAAAGCUCCAUGUGUAUCGGUUAUCAGACCGGUACACGUACACUUGCAAACCGAUUCUCCAUAUUCUUCCGCUCUUUAAAUCGUUGGGAUUCCUCGUGUCCCUUUUGUAGUCUGAAUCUCCCCAUCUCUACCGCCACAGCCAGUUCUUUUAAUCCUGAAUGCACGAAUCACGUGGCUCCCAAUUCGGAUCGGUUCCAUGUAAAUUUAUCGUAUCGUAUCGCUGAUGACCGGUUUAUACAGAAGAAGCCCGUUCUUCCGGACUCGAGACGCGGGUGUCUCUGGAAAGCGAUCGACGUCUUCGACGAAGUCGAUUCCGCCGAUCAGGAGUCGUGGAAUCUUGUCAUUCGAAAGUGCACAGUAAAUGGAGAUUUUGAAGCAACGGUCAAAUUCUUCGUCAGAAUGGUUGAAGAAGGCUUUCAGCCCGAUGAAUGUAGUUUCCUUGACAUACUGAAGGCGUGUUCUUUCCUUUCUUUUUUAGAACUGGGCAGGAAAUCUCAUGCAUCGAUCGUUAAAAGUGGAUACGGGCACAUCAAGCUAGUGUCCAACGCACUAGUUAACAUGUACGCGAGAUCCCAAGGUGGUAUUGGUUAUGCACGCCAGUUGUUCGAUGAAAUGUCUGAUAGAGAUUCUGUAACUUGGAAUGUCAUGAUUUCUGGCUUUGUUCACAGCAAGAGUUAUAGAACUUCUUUGGAGUUCUUUUGCUUGAUGACUAUUGGCAGGGAACGGCCUAAUGCUAUUACUUUUGCGAUCAUUUUUCCUGUCUGUGUACAAUUGGGAUCCUUUUCGACAGGUUUAUGCAUUCACGGACUUGCUAUAAGAAUGGGGUUGGUUUCGAAGACUCUUGUGGGAAACGCCUUGGUUUCAAUGUACGCUAAGUUUGGAAGAAGUGUGGACGCGUGCUAUUUGUUUGAUGAGAUAUUGGAGAAAGAUGUGGUAUCCUGGAAUGCAACUAUUGCCGGCUUAUGUGAGAACAACCAGUACGUUGAGGCCCGUAACUUGUUUUCUGCAAUGGUGUUUCGUGGGUAUAUGCCUAAUUCAGCAACAAUUGUGAAUGUUCUUCCCAUCUGUGGACUCUUGCAGGAUAGGGAUCAUGGAAGACAGAUACACUGUUACCUAUUGAGAGCGUCUCUAGAUACUGAUGUUUAUGUAAGUAAUGCACUAUUGACAUUUUAUUCAAGGGUUGGGAAUAUGAUGAAGGCUGAAUAUAUUUUCCAAAUGAUGGACAAAAGAGAUUUGGUUUCAUGGAACACAAUGGUUGUGGGUUACACCACAAAUGGUCAGUUUUUGUGGGCCAUAAAUUGUUUUAAUGAGUUAUUAUCAAGUCAGUUCAGGCCUGAUUCUGUCACUAUUAUCAGCAUUCUUCCUACUUGUGCACAGUUACUUGGAUUGAAGGAGGGAAAGAAAAUUCAUCGCUAUGUUCUCCGUCGCCCGGAAAUGCAAACUGACUUGCAUGUGAGGAAUGCUCUGAUUAGCUUCUAUGGAAAGUGUGGUGAACCACAAGACGCAUAUGGAGUCUUUCUGGAAACCAAUAAUAGAGAUGUAGUGUCAUGGAAUGCAAUGCUUUCAGCUUAUUCUCAGAUUGGACAAGGGGAUAAAAUUGUUGAACUUUUACAUCAGAUGCACAUAGAUGGGAUUAAACCAGACCAUGUGACCAUCCUGAAUAUCCUUUCUGCACAUGCAUCAGUUGGAAUGAGGCGAGGUAAGCAAUUACAUGGGUAUUGCAUUAGAACAGAACUUAUGAAAGAAUUAUCUGUUGAAAAUGCUUUGUUAUGUAUGUAUGCAAAACAUAGAAACAUAAUAUAUGCAUCAAACUUGUUUACGAAUCUGUCAAGAAAGAAAAUGGUCCUGGGAGACACCACAUUAUCAGGUAACGUGAUAGAUGGCUCUCAAGGCAGUGCAGGUAGAAUCUUCAAUCAAAUGUGUCAAAGGGAUUUAACUAUCUGCAACUUGAUGAUUCAAGUUUAUGCACAGAAUAAUUGUAUCAAUCAAGCGCUCAAUCUUUUCAUUGAGUUAAAUAUUCAUGGAAUGAAACCAGAUGCUAUAAGUUUUAUGAGCUUACUGCCAGUCUGUGCUCAUCUGGCAUCAACUCGCCUGGUACGUCAAUGCCAUGGAUUUAUAGUCCGAUCUUGUUUCAAUGAUGUCUGUUUAGAUGGAGCACUCCUUGAUGUAUAUGCAAAAUGUGGAAACAUUCAAGUUGCAUCCAAGCUGUUCAACAACAGUUCACAACCAGACUUGGUGAUGUUCACAGCCAUGAUUGGUGGCUUGGCAAUGCAUGGCAGAAGUGAAGAAGCAGUUAAAAUCUUUGAUCAGAUGCUACAGUCAGAAAUAAAGCCUGACCAUGUUGCUAUGACUGCCAUUCUAUCUGCCUGCAGUCAUGGAGGUCUCUUAGACAAAGGGCGUAAGUACUUUGAAUCCAUGUCUGAUGCUUUUGGUAUCGAACCUACAAUAGAGCAUUAUGCAUGCAUGGCUGACCUUCUUGCAAGAUCUGGAUGUCUGAAGGAAGCAUAUGAGUUUGUAUCUAACAUGCCAUGUGAGGCCAAUGCAAAUGUGUGGGGCACAUUGCUCGGUGCCUGUAAAAUGCACCACAAUGUGGCACUUGGUCAGGUAGCUGGGUAUCAUCUUUUCAAUGUUGAGGCUGGAAACAUUGGGAACUAUGUCCUAUUAUCAAACAUAUAUGCAGCAGAUAGGAGGUGGGAUCGUGUGGAGGAGCUAAGGAAGAUGAUGAAACAAAAGGAUCUAAAGAAGCCAGCAGGGUGCAGCUGGAUUGAGGUAAAACAAAAGCUGCACAUAUUUAUAUCUGGAGAUAGCUCACAUCCUGAAAGGUGCUUCAUUUACAAUAUGUUGAGGACUCUAGACCAGCAAAUAAAAGAACCUUUGGAAUGGAUCAGUACACAAGGCUAGGCAAUGAAGAUUUGUAGGGACCCUAUUCUGGGUUCAUUCUUUGAGAAACAAACUCAACAAAGAAUCACAAAAUCCAUCAUAUGUGCAGGGACAAACUAUGCAAAAACAUGGUAUACUGCUUCCUGUUAUCAUGUUGGUCAUCAUACUGCGUUGACAAGUAAUAGGCAAUUGGAUUGGACCAGGAAUUUGCAUCUAAAUAUUGAAAUAUUGGAAGGUAGCUGUUAAAGGUUGUAAUUUUAUAUCCUUGCAGUAUGAUGCUUUUAAGGAGUACAAUACUUUUGAGGAAUUCAAACAUAAUCUACUUGGAUUAUUAUGUGUUUAAGGAGUAGAGAGGACAAGCUGAAGUAUUGUACAUGCCUUAGAUUUUGGAAGAAGCUGUCCAUGCUGAGUUAGGUUCUUGUCCUCCAAGGAAUCAGUUUCUUUAGGUCUGUGAGUCUGAAGAACCUUCAGAGACCUACUUUCAAAUGAAUUGGAUCAGUUGCCCAGAAUUUUGCAGGUGAUUUGGAAGCCCUUUCUCUUGUUUGUUUAGAUUAAACAUGGCAAAGUGUGAUGCUUUUACGGAAAUUGUGUUACAAAGUGAAUGCUCAUAUGCAGUAAAAUGUAUUCACAGCUCAUCGCUAGUGCUCAAAACCUGAAGUCGAGCCCGUCAACGUUUGUCCUAGAAAUACUGUGUGUAAGGCUACUGAUUGACAACAUAUUAAUUUACAGGAACUAGUGAUAUUUCAACAGAUUUUUUUUUUUUAACCAAUAAAGUAUAGAGUGCUUGCAGAAAACAAGCUUGGUGGAUGUUUUCAUAUGGCUGAAGAUCUCAAGUUGACUGCCUUAGCUCCUGAUUCUUAAGGCUAAUGUAUGAGCACUUGAUGUUGCUCUUUUCAGUUUCGAUUUUUUAUAUCUGGACCUAUGUUCAAUCUCCUGUAUGUCAAAAUGAAGGAUGAAGCUAUGACAAGUUAUGCAGAUCAGAAAUGUAUUUCUCUUCAUAUUUUUUGGUGAUAAAGGGGGUUGGUUGUUUCAUAAAGAGUUUUGAGCUUGGUCAUGCACAAGGCCAAGCUAUCUUUGUAUUUGACCUCACCUGAGGGAGGACAGGAAAGCAAGGUUACAAAUUAAAAAUCAUGUGGAAGACAUGCAAAAGGCCAAUAUUGGAUUGUUGAAUCAUCACUACUCCAGCCUGACAUUGAAUAGGUUCUAAACUUUGGAUGAGAAGUAUGAAGGAAGAAUAAGUUGGGCUCGUUUUAAAGCAUAUUCUGCACAUUUCCUUUUGCCCCUAAUGGAUGUUCACAGGUUGCAAGAUUGUUAUAUACCUAUUUAUGAAUAUGAUAUGACCUUGUCCAGGAAUUCUGAGAAGCAGUUUUCCCAUAUUCAUUUUGUUGUUUUUCUUUUUCUUCAGAAUGAUUAUGGACCCAUCUUAAAAAUAUGCAAAUAAGCAAGUUGGCAUCACCACUUGAUGUUUUUAUUGUGAUUGAACAUAUCCAUUUAAAUGAUUGUAGUAGAGGGGAGAGAAGUCGUCCAAGGGAGGAAGUAGAGGUUAGAUGAAUGAAGAAAAGCUCGAUAUGGAAGAUGACGCUAAUGUAGGUGAUGGAAGCAGAUAAGAGGAAAAGAGAAAAGUAGAUGGAAGAGGGAAACAGAGGAGACAAGUGGAAUAGAAGGAGAGGGAAAUUGAGUAGUGAAAUUAGAGUGCAUCAUCAAGGAAGUAUUGGUAGGUUGCGAUAAUGAAGCUGAGUGAAGAAGGGAGAACAACUAGCAGGAGGCGAGUUGAGGCAAGAGAAGGAGAUGAAUGGAGACAAGAGGAGAUAGAAGAAGACAAAUCUGUGAAAGACAUGAAGGACAAGGAAACAUCUAUGGUAAAAAUCUUAUUUACUUCAUGCAGUGGGUUGCAUAAAAAAUGUAGCAUAGUUGUCCAUUUCUUCUUUUUCUUCUCUUCUCCUCUUCUUCUUCUCACUACUACAAAUGUGGGAUUUAGGAACAGUUCACUGGGAUCAGUUUAGAUCCGUUCUUAAU